AUGUCCCUUCAGGUGGCCAUAAAGAAAAUGAGUCUCAGAGUGCAGAACAGGGAACGAGCGGUGAAUGAGCUCCUGCUCCUGAAGGACAAGAAGAACCCCAACAUUGUCAACUCUUUGGACAGCUUCCUUGUUGAUGGAGAUCUCUGGCUGGUGACGGAAUACAUGAAUGGAGGAACUUUUCAGGACGUUGUCACACAGACAAGCAUGGCUGAUGGAGAGAUGGCAGCUAAUUCGUGUCCUUUCUUGUGUGAUAUAUUCCGGCCAUUGGUUUUUACCCUCGUCUUUCUUGUUCUCUCUCAGUGUCUGCAGGGCCUGGAUUUCCUCCAUGCGAACCGGGUGAUCCACAGAGAUCUGAAGAGCUCCAACAUCCUUCUGGGAAUGGACGGCUCUGUCAAGCUGGCUGAUUUUGGCCUCUGCGCUCAGCUCAGCCCUGAGCAGGACCAGUGCAGCUCCAUGGUGGGCACUGCUCACUGGAUGGCCCCAGAAGUUGUCACCAGUUCUCCUUAUGGCCCCAAGGUGGACAUCUGGUCCUUUGGCAUUGUGACCAUCGAGAUGGUGGAAGGAAAACCUCCUUACUUCAAGGAAACGAGGGCCAUGGCUCGUGCUCUGAUCCAGCAGAACGGGACCCCGCAGCUGCAGGAGCCCAGGCGCCUGUCGGCUCUGCUGCGGGACUUCCUUGAGUGCAGCCUGGAGCCGGACGAGGAGCGGCGCUGGUCUGCCCAGGAGCUGCUGCAGGGUCCUUUUGAGGUCAUCUUCACCUGGUGCCCCACAACAAGCAGGGCCAUCUUCAAGCAGCACCCAUUUUUAUCAUCAGCCAAGCCUCUCUCCACCCUGACCCCUCUGAUCACCGCCGCAAAGCAACUGAGGGAGCAGUGGAGGAGAUGA